UUUGAAACUAAAAAUGCAGUUACCUAAAUAUUACUGUUAAUGUAUCAAAUAAAUUUCUUAUAAAUGGUAUUGAUAAUAUUGUGUGUUCAGAGGGCCAAAUUAACUUCUAGUCUUAUCACUGAGUGGAAUUCUCAUCACAGUGCGGAUUCUUGUGUAAUAGCAUUUGUUUGUGAUAAUGACCCAUAAUAAGUAAAUUGUACCUUGAGUCACAGCACCUUAUUUGUUUGCUCAUAAAGGACUGAUUGCUGAUUUUAUUCUAUGACUGAUUGCAGAUAAGCUUCAUUUUACAAAGUGUUUUCCUAUUUUCUUAUAGUCAGACCUAUAUACAUAUAUAUAGUUGUAUUAAUGUUUGUGUUUUUGCCAUUUUAUUAGUUUUUUUUAAAUAAUUAUACAGUUUUCUUUUUUUUUCUUUUAAAAUUUCAGUUAGUUGCAAAGGCAAAAAUUUAAUUUUUCAUCUGUUUAUAUUUUAUUUUCAGGUUUUAAUAGUUUUAGUUUUAUUUAAGCCCCUAAGCAUGCAACUGCUGUUUAACCUGAAGUUAAACCCUUUUUGCAUAACUUUUGGAGGGGUCUGCAGGUCUAAAGUAUGUUUACUAAAGAGAUGACAUUAGCUCUAGGCCCUGAUUGUAUCAAAAGCAUGUUAUUUGUUCACAUUCAGAUCUUUGCUGAUUAAAAAGACCUUAAACCAGCCUAAGCUGGCUUCUUGGCCUGGUCAGGCUGAUUUUAGAGACGGUUUGUGGACUUUUUAGCGGGUCAUAUUGGGAAGCCAGCUUCCAGACCAGUUAAACCAGAUUGGUCAGGUGCUAGAGCAGGACUGUUGAAAAAGUGAGUUUCGAGCAAGUCAUUUUAGAAGCAACAAUGUCUCAACAAAUCAUGUCUAACGCUUGUAGCGCAUUUGACCUUGAAAGGUUCGUUUAGAAACAUGGCAUAUUUGUAUCCUUCUCCGAAUCAUAACGGGAUAUUCAUUUGUGCCUCCCCUAGCGGAGACAAGGCGGAUUUACAAUGUCAAAUAAAAAAGCAGGGAUGAACGCCAUGUCUGAUCCCGCUGUUGAGGGGUAGAGAGAGCGAAUACAGCGGGCGGACUUCGAGGAUUCGAGUCGGAGCGCGGAAGCAGGCUCGAUGUCGGAGAGCGCGGGGAUUCCUCAGGGCUCCCCGGCGGUGGGUGCAGCGGGCUCGGCUGCGGUUGCGCCCGGGGUCGGUGGAACCGAGUGUUCGGGCGCUGCUGUCGGUUCUGCACGUAUCGCCGUCAAGAAGGCGCAGCUCCGCUCCUCCCCGCGUCCGAAGAAACUGGAGAAACUCGGUGUAUAUUCCUCGUGCAAGGCUGAAGGUGCUUGUAAGUGUAAUGGCUGGAAGAGUCAAAACCCACCUCCAACUCCACCCCCUCCAACCCCGCCCAGGGCUGAGCAGCCAAUUGCUGUUAACUUAAUGGAGCCCUGCAGAAGCUGCAGCCACGCCCUCGGUGACCAUGUGACACACCUGGAGAAUGUGUCAGAGGAGGAGAUGAACAGACUGCUUGGAAUUGUGCUGGAUGUGGAGUACUUGUACACAUGUGUCCAUAAAGAAGAGGAUCCUGACACUAAACAAGUUUACUUUUCUCUCUUCAAAUUGCUACGGAAAUGCAUCCUGCAGAUGGGAAGGCCUGUGGUAGAAGCUCUGGAAAGCCCACCUUUUGAAAAACCAAGCAUUGAACAGGGUGUGAACAAUUUUGUGCAGUACAAGUUUAGCCACCUACCGUCAAAGGAGAGGCAAACCAUUGUGGAGCUCGCAAAGAUGUUCCUCAACCAGAUCAACUACUGGCAGCUAGAAACGCCCUCACAAAGGAGGCAAAGAGCACCUGAUGAUGAUGUGGCUGGUUAUAAAGUCAACUACACCAGGUGGCUGUGUUAUUGUAAUGUGCCUCAGUUCUGUGACAGUCUCCCUCGGUAUGAGGCCACACAGAUUUUCGGCCGCACUUUUCUGCGCUCUGUGUUCACUGUAAUGAGGAAACAGCUGCUGGAACAGGCCCGGCAGGAGAAAGACAAACUACCACCUGAAAAACGUACACUCAUUCUUACACAUUUCCCCAAGUUUUUGUCUAUGCUGGAAGAAGAGGUUUAUAGUCAUAAUUCGCCCAUCUGGAGUGAAGACUUCAUGGUUCGUUUAUCAGGUGGAAAGAUUCCCACAGUGAUCAGUGCUCCACCCGUGACCCGCCCCUUGUACUACAGCAGUAGUCCCGCCCCAGUGGAGCUGGUUGGAGGAGGCAGUGUAAGCCCGGCCCGGAAAACAGCAUCUGCUUUGGAGCCCAAUCCAGGUGGAGAAAAGCGAAAGUCUUUUGAGCCGUUGCCUCACGAGGACAGCAAACGACCCCGUGUGGUUGGUGACAUUCCUAUGGAAUUAAUUAAUGAAGUCAUGUCUACAAUUACAGACCCUACUGCCAUGCUGGGACCAGAGACCAGUCUUCUCUCCGCUCAUUCUGCGCGUGAUGAAGCUGCUCGAUUAGAGGAGAGACGUGGCGUCAUCGAGUUCCAUGUCAUUGGAAACUCCCUCAACCAAAAGCCCAAUAAGAAGAUCCUCAUGUGGCUUGUUGGCCUGCAGAACGUCUUCUCACACCAGCUGCCCCGCAUGCCUAAAGAAUACAUCACACGCCUCGUCUUUGACCCGAAACACAAGACUCUGUCUCUGAUUAAAGAUGGCCGUGUUAUUGGGGGAAUCUGUUUCCGGAUGUUUCCAACUCAGGGCUUCACUGAGAUUGUGUUCUGUGCCGUCACCUCCAAUGAACAAGUCAAGGGUUAUGGGACUCACCUCAUGAACCAUCUGAAGGAGUAUCACAUCAAGCACGAAAUUCUCAACUUUCUCACCUACGCUGAUGAAUACGCCAUUGGCUACUUCAAAAAACAGGGAUUCUCUAAGGACAUUAAAGUGCCAAAGUCAAAGUAUGUGGGCUACAUUAAAGACUACGAGGGAGCCACACUCAUGGGCUGUGAGCUGAACCCCUGCAUCCCUUACACCGAGUUCUCUGUCAUCAUCAAGAAACAGAAAGAGAUCAUUAAGAAGCUUAUAGAGCGCAAGCAAGCACAGAUUCGGAAAGUCUACCCUGGCCUGUCCUGUUUCAAGGAGGGAGUUCGUCAGAUUGCCAUUGAGAGCAUUCCAGGAAUCCGUGAGACGGGCUGGAAGCCUUUAGGGAAGAGCAAAGAGCUGAAGGAUCCAGACCAGUUGUACAGCACCUUAAAGAACAUCUUACAGCAGGUCAAGUCACACCAGAAUGCAUGGCCCUUCAUGGAGCCUGUAAAGAAGAACGAGGCACCUGGUUAUUACCAAGUCAUCCGCUUCCCUAUGGACUUGAAGACAAUGAGCGAGCGUCUGAAGAGUCGUUACUAUACCACACGGAAGCUGUUCAUGGCUGACAUGCAGAGGAUCUUCACUAACUGCAAAGAGUACAACCCUCCUGAAAGCGAGUACUACAAAUGUGCCAACCUACUAGAGAAAUUCUUCUACACCAAGAUCAAAGAGGCAGGCCUCAUCGUUUAGUAAUCCAGCUAGGGGGCGCAAGUAGUCGGUUUCCCUUUCUACCUCUUUUUCUCCAUGUUUAUCCUAUAUAUAACUCCCCAUUGUUUUUGCAUCAAAAGGAGGGUUUUCUGAAAUGAAGACAUUUAAAGGAAUAGUUCACCGAAAAAUUAAAAUUUGCUGAAAAUGUACUUAACCUCAGGCCAGGCAAGUUUGUUUGUAAUCUGUAAAAAUUUGGAGAAAUUUAGCAUUUCAUCACUUGCUCACCAAUGGAUCCUCAGCAGUGAAUGGGUGCCGUCAGAAUGAGAGUAAAAGCAUCACAAGUAAUCCACAUGAUUCCAGUUUAAUAUCUUAUGAAUCAAAAAGCUGUGUUUGUAAGAAACAAAUCCAUCAUUAAAGCAUCACAAGGCAUUAACUGAUGGAGUCCUGUGGAUUAUUGUGAUUGUUUUUAUCAGCUGUUUGGACUCUUUAUUUUGACGGCACCCAUUCACUGCAGAGGAUCCAUAGGUGAGCAAGUAAUGUAAUGUUUAAUUUCGCCAAAUCUGCUGAGAUGAGCAAAAAACACAUUUACAUUUUGGAUGGCCUGAGGGUUAUUACAUUUUCAGGAAAUUUUCAAAUCAUUUUUGGGUAAACCAUUUCUAUAAAGAUAUUUGGCGCGUGUGAAUAUCCACAUGACCGCCAUGUGUGAAAAGUCUUUUUCCUGUCUUAAAAAUUCCUUCUGCCAAAACUGCGGAACAAUUUUACGGUAUGUACGGCUGGAUGCUUUUGGUGUGCAUGUGUUCUUGCUAGUGUGUGUAUAUAAUAGCAAAAAUCUGUUUAUAUAGAUAAAAUUUUAUGAAAAAACUGUAUAUUUUAUAUAGUAGCGAAGGAUGUGGCCUACAACUCAGCCAAGAAAAAUUACUCUAAUUACCUAAUGUCGUACCUUCAAACAGCACUUAUUUAUUAUUAAACCUAAAGAAAUGGUGAUAAAUACUAGUAUUGAUACAAUGAAGAUUCCUAAUCAGAAACUUGCACAUCUGCGGUCUUUAUCAGAGCGUGGUGUAAUGAGGAGCAUUCCCUGAGCAGUGAGAAAAACAGUCUUAAUAUGCUUAAUCUUUAUGGCUGUGCUUCUAAUAAAAACGUACAGCCUUUGUAUGUAAAGGUGACACGUGCAAUGACUCGCACUAUUGUUGUUUUCUAAAAUAUUUGUACUUUUAAAUAAUUAAGAGAUGGGCUUUGUACUACAUUUGGGGGAAUGGGGGAUAAAGCUAUUUUAAGGUCUUUGUACCUUUGCUUUUAAAGACAUAGCAUAUUUUAUAGAAUGAUUAAAUAUUUAGAGCAACUAAUGUGAAAGAAAUGUCUACUUUUGUGUUGGACUGUUUUAGUAGAGGGUAAUGUUGCACAAACUGCACAAUUCUUUUUUUUCUUUUUCUUUUUUUGUUCUUGCACUUUUUUAGAUACAGAAAUUGUUAAAGAAAAAAAAUCAAUCAUUCAUUUCUUGAGUUAUUACACGUUUAUGUAUAUUUUAUCAUUUAUUUGGAUGCCAUUUUUGUUUGCUGACCAAUUUAGGUAUGUUAUUAAGCAGAAUAUGUCUGUUUUUGUUUUUAUUAAAAAUGAGUCAACAGACUGGAGUUCCUGGAUUUGUGCAAAAUUUGCUGGUCUAGUCUAGCAUUUCACCAUGUAGCACAAUGCUCUCAACGGUGUUUCCAAUACUAUAAAGCCAAGUAAAGAAAGCUUAUUUGCUCAACCAGGAUACCUGUUUCCUACAUAGCUGUGCUCGUGUUCUGUCUCUUCGCGAUCUUCACAAGAUAAUAAAAUAAUUUCAAAUCAGUA